AUGUCGGUGGAGUGUCCGGUACCGGGGGAGCUGCCGGGCGACGAGGUGGUAGACAGCAGGGCGGACGGAGGAAUAACGGGGGGGGGAGCGGACGGGAAAGACGGCGCGCGGAACGCGUCGGGUGGUAGUCGGAAGACGAGUUUGUCGUCGCGGGGCGCGCGCGCUCUGGUGCCGUUUUCGCCGUACAUCAAUGCGGUCAACAAGGCCAAGGAGGAGCCCUACUCGGAAAAAACGCCUGAUGGAUACUUUCUGGUCGGUCUAUACGGCAACUUCAGGGGCGGGCAGCGCCUGAGGCAGGCCAUUGCCAACAUGAUGAGCUGCAGGGAGGUGCCGUCGACGAUCGGGCUGUACGGCAACUUCCGGGGCGGGCAGCGGCUGAGGCAGGCCAUUGCCAACAUGAUGCAGCGCACGUUCAUGGGCGUUGAUGUGGAUCCGCUGCACAUCUGCAUCUCCAGUGGCGUCACCGCCGUGUUGGAUCUUUUCUUCUUCGCCACGUGCAGUGCGGGCGAGGGCUGCUUCAUCCCCGCGCCAUACUUCCCUGCCUUUGACAACGACAUGAGCAUCCGGAACGAGGUGAUACCCAUCCCCAUCCAGCCGCGGGACACGCGCAGCUACAUCCCCACCACCCUUGAGAUGGAAGAGGCCUUCACCGCCGCACAGGCCAGAGGCAUUCGCCCGCGCGUGCUGCUGCUUACCAACCCCGGCAACCCCCUUGGCACGCUGUACCCUGAAGCCACCCUGAAGGAGCUGCUGCUGUGGGCCAUCAACCACGAGCUGCAUGUGCUGUCCGAUGAGAUCUACGCCAACUCCAAGUUCGGCUCAUCAGCGUCUGAGUUCGUGAGCAUAGAGAAGGUGGCGGGUCACCUGGUGGCGGAGGGACGGCUACCACAGGCACUGAGAGAGGAGCGGGUGCACACGGCGUAUGGCAUGAGCAAGGACUUUGGCAUGAACGGGUUCCGAGUGGGGUGCCUGCACACCAAGAACAAGGACCUUCUUGCGUUCUGGCAGAACAUUGGCAUGUUUGCAGCAGUGUCAAACGACACACAGCACGCCCUGUCUGUGAUGCUGGAAGAUGACAAGUUCGUCGACUCAUACGUCUCUGAGAAUAAACGGCGCCUCAAGAUGUCGUACGACCUGCUGACAUCGGCGUUCGAGGCAGCGGGCAUGCAGUACCAGCCGGCAUGUGCCGCCAUGUUCUGCUGGCUCGACCUGCGCGCCGUCCUCUCUCACCCCACCUUUGAAGCAGAGCGGCUGCUGUGGCGCGAGAUCCUCGACUCGUGCAAGAUUGUGAUCACUCCAGGAGAAGCAUGCCACUAUGGCGAGCCGGGGUUCUUCCGCGUGUGCUACGCUGCCAUGCCGCUCGACCAGCUAUCAGUGGCGUGUGCCAGGCUGGCGGCCUUCUGGAAGAAAAAGGUGGCGGAGAGAGCAGCUAACGGGCAGGAGGAAAACGGGCAGGGGGAAAAGGUGCAGAGGGUGACCGGGCAGGCGAAAAAUGGGCAGGGGG